AUGCAACUAAACUUCGUCACCCUCGACGUCUUCACCCUCAAAGCCUACGGCGGCAACCCGCUUGCCGUAGUCUUUCUCCCCGAAGGCUCUGCGCUCACCCAGCACCAAAAGCACAUCAUGACCAAAGAAUUCAACCUCUCCGAAACCAUCUUCGUGCACCCCGUCACCGAGCACAACAAACGCACCAUCGACAUCUUCACCAUCGAGUGUGAAAUCCCCUUCGCGGGACACCCCACCAUCGGCGCCGCCUCGUGGUUCCUCUCCCACGCCGCUGGCUCCAACCCCGGCGUCGACACGCUGGUCACCAAGUCCGGCGAGAUCCCCAUUUCCGUCUCCGACCAGACGACGCAGGCCGUGGCCGCGCGUAUUGCGCAUAACACGCGCAUCCACGCGAACCGCCUCCCGCUCGGUGAUCUACUGCGGCUGCAUUCGAGUCUGAAGCCGUUUUUCAAGGAGGGUGUUUCGUUCCCGUUGUUUUCGAUCGUUAAUGGAUUGAGUCAGACGUUUAUUGAACUUCCGAGUCUGGAGGCGCUGGCGGCUGUUACUACUGCUUCUGGGGGUGAGUUGUUUUCUGUGAAGAAUGAGGCGUAUCUCGAUGAGGGGUGGAGGUCGGGUUUGAUUUGUGUUUAUUUCUUCGUGAGGGAUGUCGAUGAUGCGGUGAUGGGUCAGAAGGUUAUUCGCACUCGGAUGAUGCUGGGUGGUUUCGAGGAUCCGGCAACGGGCAGCUCGGCUUGUGGGCUGACGGCUUACCUUGCCUUGACGGAGGGUCGGGCUGGUGAGGAGUACAAGUAUCAUGUCGUGCAGGGUGUUGAGAUGGGUCGGCGGAGUGAUAUUGGAGUCGUGGUUGCCCUGGAUAGCGACAAGAAGAUUGAAAUGGUGGAGUUGACGGGCACUGCAGUGCAGGUGUCCGAGGGGAAGAUCACCGUCCCUGAAGAGUAA